GGAAGGCGGCGCGGCGGGUUUGAAGGCAGCGGCGGGAGGCAUCUUGGAUUUUGUGCAACAGAGUGAAAAACAGUGGAAUAAGUGAAACUUUCUUAAUCUGGCUGAUUUGAGUUCCUUUGUUGGAACAAAGGUAAACUGGUAGAAGAUGCCAACUGGGAAAGUUUUGCAACCUGUACUAAAAAUGAAAGUGGAUGAACUCUUCCUGUGCUGGCUCAGUCAGCCUACAACCCAGUUGAUGUUAAAGGAUUGUUUGAGAAGGAUCAAGAAUGAAGAGAAGACUGAAAUUGGGAGUGGAGAUGCUGGGGACAGUGAACCUCUCACUUUUACUAAUAAAACCUCCAAAUCUAAACAAAGUAUGCUAGAUAACCUGAUAUCUCCUUUGGUGACUCCUUCCAGUCCUCCUCAUCUUUCCACAGCUCUCCCCCUGGGAACUUCAACUAGCCCAAGAAACCUAUCUAAUAUUAGAGGAAUACGUAGAUCUACAGGGACAAGAACAGUUCAGACAAAGAAAGAAGAACCUUUGCCGCCAUCACUGAGCCAAACCGUUCCAACAUUUUAUUUUCCCCGAGGAUGUCCAAAAGAAAAAGUGAAUAUAGAUGCAGUGAUUGCCAAAAUAGAGAGAACUUUCUCUCAGUUUCCAAAUGAGAGAGCAAGAUUAGAAGACAUGGGCAAAGUUGCAAAGGCCUGUGAAUGCCCACUUUACUGGAAAGGUCCCUUGUUUUAUUGUGCUGGAGGAGAACGAACAGGAUGCGUCUCAGUUCAUAAAUUUGUUGCAAUGUGGCGAAAAAUACUACAGACCUGCCAUGAUGAUGCGGCAAAGUUUGUUCAUCUUCUGAUGAACCCUGGAUGCAACUACUUGGUGCAAGAAGACUUCAUUCCAUUUUUACAAGAUGUGGUGAAUAGUCAUCCUGGCCUAUCAUUUUUAAAAGAAGCAUCCGAAUUUCAUUCUCGUUACAUUACCACAGUUAUACAAAGGAUAUUUUAUACAGUAAAUAGGUCUUGGUCUGGAAGAAUCACGUGUAAUGAACUCAGGAAAAGCAGCUUUUUGCAGAAUGUGGCAUUAUUGGAAGAAGAAGCGGAUAUUAACCAGCUGACAGAGUACUUCUCUUAUGAGCACUUCUAUGUCAUCUAUUGCAAAUUUUGGGAGCUGGAUACAGACCAUGACCUCUAUAUUGAUCCAAAGGAUUUAGCCCGGCAUAAUGAUCAUGCUAUAUCAAACAGGAUGAUAGAGAGGAUAUUUUCAGGUGCAGUAACAAGGGGCAGAAAAGCACAGAAAGAAGGAAAACUUAGUUACGCUGAUUUUGUCUGGUUUUUGAUAUCUGAAGAGGACAAAAAGACUCCAACUAGCAUUGAAUACUGGUUUCGCUGUAUGGAUCUUGAUGGGGAUGGUGCAUUGUCUAUGUAUGAACUGGAGUACUUUUAUGAGGAACAGUGCCAAAAACUGGAUAACAUGGCCAUUGAACCUCUGCCUUUUGAAGACUGUCUGUGCCAGAUGCUGGAUCUUGUAAAGCCACAAUGUGAUGAGAAAAUUACCCUCCAUGACUUAAAGAAGUGUAAGUUAGCAAAUGUGUUCUUUGAUACCUUUUUCAACAUUGAAAAAUACCUUGACCAUGAGCAGAAGGAUCAAUUUUCUAUGUUGAGGGAUGGUGAAAAUGAAAGCCAAGAGAUUUCUGACUGGGAGAAAUAUGCUGCUGAAGAGUAUGAUAUUCUGGUAGCUGAGGAGGCAGCUAGUGACCAGUGGAAUGAUGGUUAUGAGGCAGAGCUGAAUCCUGUAGACCAUCAGAAGGCCAAUGUCCUAAAAUUUCAGAUGGAGAAAAGACCUUUCUUUGAAAUGCCAUCCCAUCUGGCUGAUGUAGACUUGGAUGACUAUGAUUAUGAAGAGGACUUUGAGUGA